AUGGGGAAGAAGCAGAGCGGCAACGGCGGCGUGGAGAAGGUGGCGGCAAGGGAGUUCUCGCUCAAGGUGGCGAUGCACUGCCGGUGCCACGGGUGCACGGACAAGCUGCGCGCGGCGGUGCGGGACCUCACGCUGGCGCCGGGGGUCGAGGCGGUGGACCAGGCCGCGGCCGAGGCCACGGGCGAGGUGCGCGUGCUGGCCACGGCCGACCCCGAGCGGCUCCGCAAGGGCCUCCGCAAGGCCACCGGCAAGAAGGUGGACCUCGUCUUCCCGCCCGCCAAGGAGCGCAGGAAGGGGGAGGGGGAGGACGCCCGGGCCGCCGACGCCGCCGCCGUCCAGGCCCUGCUCGCCGACCUGCAGCUGCACCACCAGUACGGGGGCCAGGCGGCGGCGCGUCACCAGUACGGGGGCCAGGGCGCCGCGGCCGCCGCGUGGGCGGCCAGCCAGCAGCACCAGCAGCAGCUGCUCGGCCUCGGGGGCGGGUGGAACGGCGGCGGUGCUGCCGGGGGCUACGGCGCGGCGUACCCGUGGCAGCCCUCCUCUGCGGCCUCCUACUACCCGGCUGCGCCCGCCGCUGGUGCUGGUUGGGGCGCGUACGGCGGCUACGGGUACGCUCCUCAGGCGCAGGCUCCGGCCCAGGGCCACGGCGGCUACUACCGCGCCAGCUCGCCGGCGUGGCACGGCCAGGGCUACUGA